UAUUUCGAAUAUCUUAGAACAUUUACCUAAUAAUUUAUUUUAUGAAGCAAAAAGAGCUGGCAAAAAGUAACGGGCUUGUGUCGUGUGUAACGUAUCAACCAGCUUUGAGUCGUCAGCAUUCAAUUUUUGUCAGUGUGGUAAAGGUGGUAUCACCAUAGCUAAUCGAUAGGCUGCAAAUAUAUCGAUAGUUAUUCUUAUGGCUUCCAUUUUAUCAAUAACAAAGAACAAGCAAAGUUGUAAAUAUCUAUUGCCUUCCGUAAAGAUAGCCGCACAUCGCGGUUACAACAAAUCAAUAGAAUGAGUCUUGACGACGUGAUCUACGUAAUAUGUCUGCUGGCCUGCAUUGGCGCCGGAAGUUACGUGAAGAAAAUCCGCGAUGAGUCGCAGCGCAAAUGCACUUGCUCAAUGCUGGGCAUUAUUGUUGUUGUUGUCGUCUCGGGCUUCCACAGCCUGCACUGUGCCAUCUCCGCCGCACUAGGCACGGCCAGUGUGCUCCUGGUGCAUCCUAGCAAGUGUCACUUGGUCACAUUCGUCGUAAUGUUUGGCUAUCUGGUUUUCUUCCGGCUUGUGUACCUCUUUGGCCUGCCGGCGGUGCCCGGCCAUACCAACAUGAUACAAAUGUUGCUCACACUGAAGGUGUCUGGCAUUGCUUUUGAGAAAACCGCAGCCUGGAAGCGUUUACAGGCACGCGGCGAACAGGACAACAAUGAGCAGCGGGAUGUCAACAGCGAGCCCAGCAUAGAGAUUACGGACUACGAUAUGGACUUGCAGAAACUGAGUGCCACAGAGAUAGUGCACUAUAGCUUCAAUUACGUAGGCAUUCUCACAGGCCCAUAUUAUCGCUAUCGUACAUAUCGUGACUACUUUGAGAUGCCUUUUAAGGAUCAUGCGCCCUGCGCACAGGCAACUAUCGAGCAGCUCAAAUCGGCUGUCUUCUACUGCAGUCUAUAUCUGCUGGCCAACUACAUUUGGCCACUGGGGUACGCGCUUAGCGAUGAGUUCUACAAUGAUCGAUCCGUUCUCUAUCGCCUUUUAUAUGUGUGGCCCACGUUCUUCAUUUUCCGCGCACGCAUCUACACCGGCCUGACAUUGAGCGAGUGCGUGUGCACAAUGGCAGGAUUUGGUGCGUAUCCCGAUGAGGCUGAUGUCACCAAUGGAGAGGGGCCGCGCAAGCGUUAUCAGCACAUGAAACGAGAUGCCGAGAAGCGUAGCUACAAUUUUACAACAAUUGUGAAUACACGCGUCCUCGAAGUGGAGCGCUGCUGGACUUUCCGCGAGGGCAUGAAGCACUGGAACGUGUGCGUUCAAUAUUGGCUCGCGGUGAAUGUCUACAAACUGUUUCCCAUCAGGAAAUAUAGAACGGGCGCCACGUUUCUGUGCUCGGCAUAUUGGCAUGGCUUCCGCCCGGGUCACUACUUCUGCAUCAUGGGCGCACCAUUUUACGUGCCUCUGGAAGACAUGUGGCAUAAGCUAGUGCGCAAGGAUGCUGUCGGCCUGCGACGCACCGUAAUCGAUGUCAUAUUUUGGAUAUCCAAGUGGUUCGCCUUUAGUUACCUGGGCACAGCCUUUUUGCUGUCCUCGUUCGACAGCAUUUGGCGCUUCUACAGCUCCGUCUAUCACAUUGGCUAUAUCACCUGGGCGCUUCUGGUUGCCCUGGGUCUGUACCUCACCAAGCUCAAGAAGGCGGCCGAACGCAAAGCAAAACGCGCUGCGGACUCCAUUGCUCCUUCUGUAGAGCUAAACACAUCAAAACAAAAAGCGCAGUAAGAACAUAAUUCAGAUAUGCAGCACGAACACAAUUAUUUAAUAGUUAAAUUCGGCAACUUUCCGUGUUCCAUUUAUACAUAGAUGUUGUAGAAUGUUAGUCAAAUUCUAACACCAUAAGAUAUAUAAUGAACUUUUUAUAUUGUUCAAAUUAUUGACAAAAAACUAACGUUAAACCGUAUCAGGUUGGCUAAGAAUAUAAGAAUUUAUCAGUUAUAUACACGUUUGGCUGUAAGGUUAAUUAUUCUUCGACAGUCCAAACAUAUACCUUCUUGAAUUAUACAAAUAUUCAAUUAAACUUAUUGAAGUUUAAAAUGGCUAUGUAGUUUUCUAAAAUGUAAUCUAAAAAUUAACUAGCGAAUGGAAUAUAUAUUAUACAAAUUCAUCAGAUCUUAUGUUCCGAAAACAAAAGAAAACCAAAUGUUGAAAAACUUUUUCAGAUAUUGCAGCUUUAUUUUUGAAAA